GGCAACUGAACAUAAUCCCUCAUUACAAGCCAUGCUGACAGCGCUCCUUCAGAUUGCACGAUAAAGAGUUUGUUGGUGAGAACUGUCAAGUGUCUAGUAGACCGCAAUAAAACGCUCGCCUUCUCCCGGAUCUAAUCGGAUUUGCCAGUUUUCAAAACACGCUCUUCUCAAUUAAGCACAAAGGAAACCACCCCGUUCUCAUGAGCUACAGAUGUAAGAGCAGGACCAGUUUUGCAAACCAAUUUGCUGAAUGGAGCAGAAAGGGACGCUGUUCUCAGGAAGAGUUUUCACACCUAAGCUCAGUGGGCACUGAGGCGGAGCUGAAGAGGGAGUCGGAGAAGCCCGACGAGCUGCCGGUGACCCCAGAGGAGCAGACGGCGGCCCCAGAAACCCAGCCGCCGGGCGAGGCUGCAGAAGCGCUCGACCCCCCGACACCGCAGCAGGAGAACGGCGUGGGACCCCAAGAGCCGCAGGUGCCCACGGAGGACCGGGACCAGGACCAGGGGCAGACGGGCAGCGGGGCCCCGGAGCAGCCUGCCUCGCCCAGCCCCCCGCCGGACGGCGGCGCUGCUCAGACAAGCCCGGCGGCGGAGAGGAAGGAGAGGGAGCAGGCCGCGGGCAAGGGCCUUUCCCGCUUCCUGCCCGCGUGGCUGAGGAAGCCGAAAUCCCCGAGCCAGGCGGAGCCCACCGAGAGCUCGCCCGCAGAGGAGGACGGCGGGGAGGGAGGGGAGCAGAAGCAGAAGUCUCCUCCUCCGUCUCCGUCGGCGCCGCAGCCCGAGGGCAAGGAGGAGCAGAGCGGGGAGGGCGCGGGGGUCCCGCCAGCUGAGGACCGGCACGAGCAGGAGGAGCUGAAGGCCGACGAGAAGGAGGAGAAGCACUCCAUAAGCAGCGCCGAGACCCAGCCUGCAAAGGAGGAGAGGAGAGAAGACACUUUGGAUAAGGAUACAGAUUUGAAGGAGGAGGUGAAGGACGUUGGUGGAGACAAAAAACCAGAGGAGCAUGCCCAGAAACCUGCCCUGAACGCUGACAAGCCUUCGGUAAAGCCGCCCAAGAAAAUGAAGAUGGUCACAUGCAAGGUCACCCUGCUGGAUGGCACAGAUCACCCCUUUGAGAUUGAGAAACGGGCAAAGGGCCUAAUACUUUUUCAGAAAGUUUGCGAACAUCUCAAUCUCCUGGAGAAGGAUUACUUUGGACUGGCGUACAAAGACAACACUGACCAAAAGUGUUGGCUGGACCCUUCAAAGGAGAUCAAGAGGCAAAUUAGAAACUCUCCUUGGCAGUUUGCCUUUAAUGUAAAAUUCUAUCCUCCUGAUCCAUCACAGCUAACUGAAGAUAUAACCAGAUAUUUCCUGUGCCUUCAGCUCCGUCAGGAUAUUGCUUCGGGUCGCCUGCCUUGCUCCUUUGUCACCCACUCUCUGCUGGGCUCCUACACCCUGCAAGCUGAACAGGGAGAUUAUGAUCCUGAAGAGCACCACCUGGACUACACCAGUGAUUUCCAGUUUGCACCCUCACAGACAAAGGAGAUGGAAGAGAAAGUGAUAGAGCUGUACAAAACACACAGGGGUCUGACUCCUGCUCAGGCUGAUGCUCAGUUCCUGGAAAAUGCCAAGAAGCUCUCCAUGUAUGGAGUGGAUCUGCAUCAUGCCAAGGACUCAGAGGGAGUAGACAUUAUGCUGGGUGUUUGUGCCAAUGGACUGCUAAUUUACAAAGACAGACUCCGAAUAAAUCGUUUCGCCUGGCCCAAGAUCCUCAAGAUCUCCUACAAACGCAGCAAUUUCUAUAUUAAAAUUAGACCAGGAGAGACAGAGCAAUUUGAAAGCACCAUUGGAUUCAAGCUGCCAAACCACAAGGCUGCCAAGAAGUUGUGGAAGGUUUGUGUGGAGCACCACACUUUCUUCAGGUUGGUAGCACCUGAGCAGCCGCCAAAAGCCAAAUUCCUCACGCUGGGCUCCAAAUUCCGGUACAGUGGGCGCACCCAGGCUCAGACCCGGCAGGCCAGCACGCUCAUCGACAGGCCAGCCCCCUAUUUUGAGAGGACCUCCAGUAAACGGGUGUCUAGGAGUCUUGAUGGAGCCCCUGUGGUCAACAUCGCUGACCAGAGCCUGCCGCCUGAUGCCGCUGGGAAGGCAGACGGCGUGGCAGGCAGGGAGAGUGGAGAUGCCGGGACACUCCCCAGAACAGCCCUGGAGCUGUCCCAGGAGUCCAAGUCACUACACAUGUGCCCUCUCUCGCCAACUGGCUCCAUUGCAUCCCUUUCCAUGAACCUGGAUACCAUCUCUGAGCUGGACGUCCUGUCUGACAUCUCGGAGGACGACCCCUUGUCAUUUGGAGAACUGGACCAGGAGCACCCUGGUGUUCCCACUCCCAGUUCGGACGAGCAUGCCGAGAGCAUGGCCACACCAGAGCAUGAGAAUGUCACAACACGUUCCCUGCCAGACGUCCCCAUUUGCAACCACGACAUUCCCCCCGCAAGCACAGACUUGGCAGAAGGAAGCAUUACCUCUGUGGAGAUAAAAUCUGAAUUUCACUUCUCGUUCUUUGGCUUGUGCAAAAGCCUCAGAUUGCCCUCGCUGCUGGAUGAGGAUGGGUAUAUCUGUUUCCCCUCUCUGCCCGAAGAUUGUGCCUCUUUCAUGCCCCCUGGCCUUCAGCCCUACCUCCCCAUCACCUCGCCCUCCCUCAUUCCCUCCUUCUUUCUCAUUUUCGCCCUGCUUCUCUCUGCAUCCCAGUCCCUCCCCUUCUCCCUCACCCUCUCCCUUCCUCUCGCUCUGUCCCUUUGCUACCUGGAGCCUAAGGCGCCCUCUUUUAGCGCCCCUUGUGACUUUGACCUGAUUGACAAACCAGAGCAAGAGGAGGUGGAAGGAGAGCAGGUGGAUGGCGCGACAGCACCAGCUACAGAGGCGGGAGCGGCUGAGACGAAGUCAUUGAGAGUAAAGGGGGAAAAUAUAUAUGUCAGACAUAGCAAUUUAAUGUUGGAGGACCUGGAUAAGACCCAGGAGGAUGUUUUGAAACAUCAGGCUAGUAUUAGUGAAUUAAAGCGCUCUUUUAUGGAAUCCUCACCUGAGCCACGCCCAAAUCAGUGGGAAAAGCGUCUUACUGCAACCUUGCCUCUGCAGACACAAGGGAGUUUAGAAGAGGAGAUAACAACCAUUUUAUUAAGUAAAGAAAGCUUUUCUGCUGGUUUCACUGGUUUCUUCUCUUCUGCCACCAAGCGAACAACAGAGGGUGCUAUUGUCAUAGCUCCACCUGAGUCUCUUUCUCUCUGUCUGGCCACACAGCCUGCUGAGAAAACCCCAACAAGAGCAGAUGGAUCUCAGCCAGGCAGCAAAGACGUUACCGAGAGCUCAGAUGACAAACAGAAACCAGAGACGUGCGAGCAGGCAGAGGUUGAGAUAGAAGAGACGGUAGUCAUUGAAGAGAUCAGGAGAACCCCCAAAGUUAAAACGGGAGCUCAGGCCGCCGUUAGCCCAGAGAUUGGCGACUCUUCAGUGAAGCAGGAGAAGGAGGAGAGGAGGGCUAGCACAUCCUCGGGCAGCCACAGCGAAAGCGAGGACGAAGCGGAGUACCAUCCUGAAGUGACUGGCGUGUCCCCGGACCAGGUCAAAGCAGGACCAGAGGAGAAGGGCUCCCAGCAGGAGAGCGUGCAUGCGGCAGAGACGCCAGCAGGCGAAGUCGCAGUACCCCUCUCUUCUUCAGACGCUGCGGUGGAGGAAGAUGUCGAAGAGCCGAAAGAUCAGGAACAUGAAGAGGAGGAUGGCCGAACGGAGACAGAGGAGCUGCCCGAAGCAGCGACGGUGGAGGAGCCCAGAGUAAACGGAGACAUGUUUCACGGUGAAACUGAGCACAUUCCGCAGGUUAUCUGUUGCUCGGAGCCUCCUGUGGUAAAGACUGAGAUGGUGACCAUCUCUGAUGCCUUCGCUGCCCAGAAAAUGGAAAUAUCAACAAAAGAAGUUCCUAUAGUGCACACUGAGACUAAAACGAUCACAUAUGAAGCUUCUCAGCUGGAUGGCGGUGGAGAAGGUGAACCUGGCAUUCUCAUGACUGCACAGACCAUCACCUCUGAAUCCCUCUGCACCACCACCACUACACACAUUACCAAGGUAAUGGUUCGGGAAGGGCAGACAGUAAAAGGUGGACUUUCUGAGACCAGGAUUGAAAAGCGCAUUGUCAUCACAGGAGAUGCAGACAUUGACCACGAUGAGGCCUUGGCCCAGGCAAUUAAGGAAGCCAAAGAGCAGCACCCUGACAUGUCAGUGACCCGGGUGGUGGUGCACAAAGAGACCGAGCUCACAGAGGAGGAGGAGGACUGAAUGCCAGAACUGAGAAGAGGACACUUGGAUUUUUAAGUAAAUCCAGAAAUCCACCGAAUGAAGCAGCUGUUCAGCUACGCAAGAAGAACAGCUGAGGAUGAUACCAUUAUUUUUAUUGUUUUUUAAGAAAACCACUUAACAUUUUUAGAUCAUUUUCGUUGUAUUUUCUGUGCUUUUGCAAAUUUGUCUACCAUUAUUAAAAAACAAAAAGAAUUUAUACGUGAUCAGUUUUAUUGUAAGACACAUUCACUUUGGAUACUUUUCUAGUUUGUACAGAAUAGUAUUGGAUUAACAAACAUCAUAAGAAGUCUGAUGGGUGAACAAAUAUACAUCUUAAGACACAGUAUAACUAAGUGAGCAGCCUAGAUUUGGAACUGGUCAGUGUACCUUGUAAUCUAUAAAAAUGUGCAGCAAAGUUUCCUCGGAUAUAUAUAAAGGAACCAGGUAAGACGAAGCACUGUGUCAUUAAGGACAUUGCACUACAGUGCCAACACAUUCUCAGAUGCAGUCAACUUAAACAUUCCAUGUUGGGGAGGUAUUGUGUAUUAACUUCUCCCUGAUAAAAACCUUAAAUUUUAGGCAGCUUAAUUCUUUGCUUUCCAUAACUUUCUGGCAUAAUUAAUCUGAUUUAUAUUUUUAGAAUACUUUUGCUAUCUUUAACACUUUGUCUUGAUGUCUAAACCAAUUUAGAUGUUCCUCUGGCUAAUUUGCUUUUUAAUUUGUGUAAUUGUUUUCAGAACUUUGUUCUGAAGAAACAUUUGAUCUUUUCCUGUAGAUAAAAAAUAACUUUUCUUAGCAAUAUGAUGACAUGAAUUUCAGAAACCCAUUGUUGAUGUCAGUUUGCUUUUUUUUGACCCUGUGUAUAGCAAAAAUACACUUAGGUUUUUAGCAGCUUUAAAGAUGUGUUUUGUUUUUCCUCUGUAAUGCUGUUAAAAUAAAAGCUUGUUUAUAUCCAA